AUGCGGAAACAACUGGCCCAGGCGCAUCAACAGUUGCGACAAAUCCGGGUGAAAAUAGAAGAAGCCCACCAAACAAAGGAGAACUCGAGUGCGAUGGAGAACAUCACCGCUCUUCCGUUCCCGUCGCAGAACGUCAUGCAGAAGAUGCCAUCAAAACAAUUUUUCAGCACGGCCCCCGGAGGCCAGCGGAUGAACAUCGCCUCGGCUACGGUUUUGGACGCCGUACCAUAUAAAGGGGGCGGCGCUGAAUAUCGCCCGAACAUGGGGGGUGCGGAAUACAGGAUUUCAGACGGAAAGCGUGGGGCAUGA